AUGGAUGACGAUGUGGCAGAUGCACCUGACAGACUGGAUGCUGUAGGCAGUCUUCACAAGUUUUUUGAUGAUGAGUACCUCAAAGGCGGCUGCUUCAACCACGAGGACUACCAGUUCAUCGAAGAAGAAUGGGUUUGGCUGUAUCGACGACUCGGAAUCAAAGUAUGGGCCGACGCUGUGGAUUUAUCCCAUGACCAGGAUGCGAAGGUGUAUUUUCAUUACACGAGCUAUUUGGGUUUUCGCAAUAUCACAGACCCGACCAAGAAGGAUGCAGAGAUUUUUGCCUCUUUGAUCAUGCCAGAACCUGACAAGAAUCCCAAGGAACACCAUUUCAAUGCGUACUGGGGGCAAGGUGUGUACACCACUCGAAAGCCGCCAGAUGAAUGGGAGUCCCUGGAAGAACUUCUUAUCAACAACUACGGAGUUGCAUUGGGCACGGACAAGAACAGCGAAAAGCACAACCGUGUGGAGUACUGCAUCCCAGUCCUUGCGAGCGAAUCCCAUACCUAUGACAUCCGCGUGCGGCAGACCCCUGAGAUGGCAGCGGCGCGCCGACCUCCGAAAAUGAAUUUGCACGGCAAGGAGAUGAGACCAGGAACUGAGGUGUUUGUGAUUCGGACGGAGUCUGUAGCUGGCCAGGAAGUCAAGGUUACAAAUGCCAAAGCGAGUCUGGUGAAAGUCUUACAAGAGCGUGAAAAAGCCAUGGCGAAGAAAAUGGCUGGGGAGGCUCAAGAGCUUCGCGUUGCGAGAUGCAGGUUGGCAGCAGUCUAUGCGAAGCAAGGUGGCAAGGACAACUAUGAGGCUGCAGAGCGGCUCUAUUGCAAGGCGACAGAGACUCUGCCCCCUUCAGUUGCCAGGCAUAGGGUGAACAUCAGGCUUGCUGCAGUGCUGAGCCUGAAGGGUCCCCAGCAUCACGCAGACGCCGAGAGGCUGCAACUCCAGACCCUGGCAGAAUUGGAGAAGGAAAGCGGCAAAUUGUCCUUUGAUGCCUUGCCUGCGCGACAUGCUCUUGCUGACAUUUUUGCAUUGCAGGGCGAGCACUACACAGCUGAGCAACUUUACCGGCAGGUGCUGGCCAUCCGCUUCUGGAAUCUGAACGCGGCGCAGCGAGAAACCACUUCAGCUUGGUUGACGUCUCAGCAGAGUCUGGCAGCGUUGCUGGAGAAACAGGGUCGACUGCUGGAAGCGGAACAACUGGUUGCCGCCGUGAGGGAGCAAUGCCUAAAACAACUGGGUGAGCAGCACCCAGACACCCUGGAAGCUCAGCAUACCUUGGCCAAUCUCUACAGAAAACAAUGCAAAUUUGACAAAGCAAAGGGCGACCUUGUGAGCAUCUUGAAGCAUUCUGAGGAUUUGUUGGGAGAGAGGCACCCGCGGACCUCAACUGCCAGGAAAGAUUUGGCCUAUGUUCUUCAAGCAUUGGAGCAUUUCAAUGAAGCAGAGCAGUUAUUGGAAAAGGCUUUGGAAGAUCUUCGUGAGAGUUUGGGGGAGACCCAUCCACAAACUGUAGAAUGUCAAGUGAAUCUGGCAUUGUCAUGGACAAAUCAGCAACCUUCUCCUGAGCGAUUGGACCAAGCAAAGAGUCUUUUGGAAGCUGCUCUGUCAAGCCUGGCGGAGUCUUCAGAGGAAAACCAACUCGACAUGUUCUGGUGUCGUUUUGCCCUUGGGAGAUGCCUUCAAGUCCAGAAUCACAAGAUGGAAGCCUUGAACAUCUACAAAGAGAGCUUGGAGCAGUUGGAAGACCACUACGCAGCUGAGAAAUGGAAGGUUGAUCUCUGCAAAGACAUGAUCCAAGGUCUUGAAAAACCAUGGAGCUCUUACAAGUUCCUCGCAGCUCGGCUACUGCUUGCCAUCAUAUUUCUGAUGAUCGAAGGAGAAGGAGUCUUGACCGACAUUGCCCUUGCAGCGCUGUGGGUGGUCCUUCUAUUUGUCUUUGUUGCUGCCUGCAUCCUCCUGAUCAAGAGGAGCCACGCCACACCUGCAGUUGGCUUCAAGGAAUAUUUCGGGAUGCGUUUGCGCGAGCCGCACCAAGCUGCCGUAAACGGGGCAUAUGAAGGUCAAAGCUUCACAUUCUGGCUCUUGAUGACCAUGCUGAGCUAUUUACUUUGGUACAUCUAUGCUGCUUGUACUGACCCCACAGGCUUCAAGGAGUACAAUGGUUCAGAGAUCGUGCAGUGGGGUCACUGGCUCAUCGUCAUGGGAUGGGUGGCCGUGGAAAUGAUAGGUGUGGCGCUUCAGGUUGACCCCUUGAUCAUGGGUCAGGAACCGCAAGAACCCCGUGCUGCUGACGAACAUGCUUGGAUCAUAGGUGCCAUGCCCAGGCAAGUCUCGUACCUCGCCGAAUCAUGGACCUGGACGGUGGUUGGUGCCAUGCCUGCCCGGAUCCUGCGGAUUGUCUCCUUGCACUUGCACAUUCACUUGAUGAGACAGAUCAGAUGGUGGUCCGAAUCGCCAUGGUCCUUCGUCUGGCUCUGUUUGUUUGCGUUGGGUCUACUUGUGAAAGCCCUGCGGGAAAACUCGCCGAUGGUGCAAGUCUUGGCCGGCUACCUCUGCAAAAGUGCUGCUGGCCCUCGUGGUAGAGGAGUGAGCUUGGUGAUACGCCGUGCUGUGGAAGCUUUUUGGUGUCUGCUGGUUUGUGAAUUCCUGUCGGUCCAGAUGGACUGUUAUGGUGACUACGUUGUUUCUGGAGGUGUGGAUGGGGCUCGCUUCUGCAACGGCGAUUAUCGUCUGGCUGGGAGCCAUGUUGGGAAGCCAUUCUAUCUCAAGACCUCAGGAGAAGGUGUUGUCUACUUCUGGGGCACCUCAAUGCAAUGGAGGUUGGCCAUCAAUCAGGUUGGUCCAUUCUUCGAUGAUGAUGAGAACAACGACUGGGAUGCCACUGCCAUCUUUGUUCCUUCAGGAAGCCAAGCUCCGCCCACUGAUGGCAACUGGAGACCGACUUCAAUGUCAGAUGGGCCUUGCAUAUGUGAAGACGAGCCCCCAACGAUCUCCAUGUGCACAAACUCCAGCUGCGACAGCGAGUUGCACGUUACAGGAAUGAUUGGAUCCCAGGCAACUGGCAAUGGUAAAUAUGUGCAUGCCAAGCAGCACGAGGGCAAACCCUUGUACGAGCAGAUUGGCGGAGAUUCCAUAAUUUUCUGGGAUGAUUUCUGGAUGAUGAACACCACUGGCAAGCGGACCUUCCUAAGUCCCACUACAGCCUUGCCACCUUUGGGUCAAUGGACCACCAGAGGCUACAUGCCAGGUUUUGCCGAUCCUCCGCCAGUGGUUUCCAUGAGGGAUCAGACCGGAGACUACGAGGUGUCGGGUGCUGGUGGUGAUGGGUCUUGUUGCAAUGGCAUGUACACCAUUGGCAAUGGCCAGAGCGACGGGAAGCCGGUGUUUCAGCAAAUUGAUGGGGAAUGCCUUCUGCAUCACGUUCAACAGUGGAAGAUAAGUGGCGCCAACAGAACCGACCAGUGGUUCUACAUGGCUCCAGGUUCUUCAGAGCCAUCUGAAGGCAAGUGGAUGAACAUCCCGUGCAGUUCUUGUUCCAAAGGUUCUCCAAGAGUCAAUGUUUGUGAGAGAGCGGAACCUUGCGAAUACGCAGUCGCUGGGGCAAGUGGAACUUCUGAACACUGCAAUGGCCAAUACCGGCAGACUGGAAUGCAAAACGGCCACCCUGUCUUUCAACAAAUCUCGGGACACCAGCUGUGCGCCAUUUUCUAUGUUUGGACCUGGAAGAUUGGGCCUGCUGGAGGGAGCAUUUCACCAGGGUACUAUUCAGCUCCUGUCAGCGACGAGCCUCCACUUGGCCCUUGGAAGAAUGAGAGCUUCCAUGAAGCCGAUCCACAAACCCAUCUUGGAGUGGAGUUCUCCCGCUGCCAAUCGACUAACCUUCCAUUGGCGGUCCUGCCACUGUUGACAUGUGUUGCCCUGUUCAUUCUCUUUGCCAAAGAGCCGAUGGUUGCCAUGCCGCAAACAAGCGAGGGGACGGGUGGGUGGGUGGCCCACAACUUUGUUGGUGCCGGGAAGGGCGCCAGAAGCCGAGGCGAAUAUGCCUCCAUCGCAUGGCUCAUCCUCUGCGGCUCACUGGAGGAUAUCUUUCGAGCCUUCGACGAAGAGAAUCCACGCGAAAAGGCGUUGUCAAGAGAGAUUCGGGUCUGGAAGAAGAAGGCAGAAGAGGGAGAGAAGCUGCCAUGGCACGGCCUUCGCGUUGUGGCCACCUUAAGCACAACGCCUCGGCGGAUCUCACAGAUCGAACCCGCUCUGGACAGCCUGCUCACCCAAACAUGGCCUUUGGACUUGGUCUAUUUGUUCGUGCCAGAGGUUUUCGAGCGCGAGAAUGCCACGUACACGAUACCUUCUUGGCUAACGUCGAAGCUUGCAGAGCCGCGUUUGCGCUUGGUCCGCUGCAAGGACUGGGGGCCUUCAACCCACAUGAUGGAAGUCCUCCGUGCCGAGCGAGAUCCAGAGACUGCCAUCCUCCAGGUGGACGACGAUCAAAGCUACGGGCCGCGGUUGCUGGAGACGCUGCUCUUUGUUGGGGGUCCAGCGCCGGGGCGCGCUGUCGGCGCAGCCACGCAGCAUGCACACUUACACCUCAGCGGCGUCGUCUUGGAAGGUGUCCACGGCGUGCUUUUUCGUCGAAAGUUCUUCGACGAGAGCGUGUUUGACUACACGGGCUUCUCAAAGCACUGUCAGCUUCACGACGACUUGUGGCUCUCCGCGCACCUUGCACGAAAGGCCCACGCUCGCGAGGCGCUGGCCUCACGCUUCGGCACCAAGCCUCUGGACUUCGGCUUCGGGGAGGAUGCCCUGUAUCGGGGUGGCGCUGGGAGCGACAACACCAAGAACUUCUUUCUUUGCACGACAUCGCUUCUGCGGGCAUUUCCUGGCCUUUGGGACCAGGAGUUCCGAGUGGCCCUGGCAGCCCCGCUGGGCCGCUUGAAGGGCCUGGGCCGACUAAAGCGGCUGGCCGGCGCUGGUGCCCAGGCGCUGUACUUGCUCGGCGAGGUUCCUCCAAAGCAUAUGGUGGCGAGUCGGCAGGCGAUGAAGAUUCCUGAAGGCGUGCACCUGCAACUUGGAACCUUUGCAUCCUCGUUGGAGGUGACGAUGAAGCGCUGUCUUGGCAGUUGCGACCUUGCCGAGGUCUUGAACAUCGUCCUACAAUUUGAAGAGGAUCCGACCACAAUCAUGAUCUUCUCGCCGAAAGAACUUCCUGGCCAAGCUGACUUCCGCUCCAUGGUGGAGUGGCAUGUGAAAUGCGUGCGGGACCACGCAGCUCGCCAGCCGAAAGCCCGCGAGCUUUGCCGCCGGGCGGAUGGCACUAUCUCCUUCCAGCGGUUGGCUGGAUAUACUGAUGAUCGCAUUCAAGGUGCGAUCUUCAUACCGAAGUUCAGCGAGCACUUCUACGUCCACCGGCGGGAAGGAGCCCUGCGCGACAUGAAAGGGCGAUGGCGAGCAAGCCCAACGCGCAAAGCCCAACUAGACCAGCUGCAGAGGCAAGGAUUGGAGGAUCCCAUGGUGAAAGCAAUCCUUUCAGAUGCAGCGGAACUGCCACGGCGUGUGGUGGUGGUGCUUGCCGCCCCGGUUGCCGCACUUCGCCUUGCAGCACGCGCGGGCCGACUGCGAGGUGCUUGUCGAGCAGUCGUCGCAAUCAGGGCUCGAGCCGGCGCACGGCGUUGUGCUGUGGCCGCUUGGGCAUCGCAGCCCAGGCUCCAUGUCGCCUGCAUCGAUCGCAAGAGCCGGUUUCAUCCGCUGCUUCCCCUUCUUGACCUCGAGAAGUUUCCCGAGACGCAGAUCUUUCUUAGAGGUUUUCGGCGCAAAGUUCCGCCGCUGGGCGACUUUCUCCAGGCUGCAGACCUUUGGGCUGGUGUCGCCCUUGCCAGUCAGGCAGUCUCGUACGGCGAGCAUGGAGGUCCUAUCCCGGUCACAUCCCUCGGAGCAUUGUACCGCAGGAGCUUCUUUGACGAGCGGAUCGUGGAAGAUUUGCAUGGUCCGUGUGCGCAAGAGCCUGACCUCGUUCUUGCCAGCCACAUUGCUCUGCAAGGCGUGCCGACAGAGGUGCUGGGCACAUUGCCACCGCCGGCAUCCGCGCUGCGCACAGCCCGAGCUACUGAGUGCUGGUCGGCACUCAUCGAGCGCCAUCCUUGGCUCUGGACCUCGGAGCGGCCCAGGAGGGCCGUUCUGCAUGUGGCCUUGGUCGAUGGAACCGACCCGUUCUUGCUGGACUUGACGCUGCGCUAUGCUACUUCGCAGACUCGGCGGCCCGACGAGGUGGUGGUACUGACUGCCGGGCAAGCGAUCUUUGAGGAAGCGGCUGAAAUCGAUGGCCAGGUGCUUCAUGGAGCUUCUGUUCGCUUCGAAAGAGGUCGCAGUGUGGUAGUCUCCCGUCACGGAGAAAAACUGCCUGUGGCAACUCACCACUUUCUCGCGACCUUAGCUGGAAAGGUGGGUACGAUCCUGCAUACUCCGCAGGGACGCAGUCCAGCCUUGUCACUCCUCCGCUGUUCCGGGCCCUCAUGCGGUACCAAGCCCCUCCUGGGCGCGGCGUUCCACAGAGAGCUCGAACCCUCUACAGCAUUGCUGUUCUGCUCGGCCGAGCGUCUGGUCAACGAGAGGCUCGUCGAGGAGAAUGUCGCCUGCCUGGAGUCUUGCUACCCGCAUUGCUCACAGCAGACCUGGUGUGGCCAGGCAGCCACCCGAGAGGAUGGUGCGCUGUAUGACCUGACUAUCAAGCGAGCAGCUGGGUACAGAGAACACGUGGCCAGAUGA